UUGUGUCUUGUUAAUGAACCGUAAGUUAAGGUGUUGUUCUGUUUUUGCAGUAUGGUUAAAUCUGUAAAAGUUAUUGUUCCAUAGUUAAAGUUCUUUUAAUAAUAACAACGAGUUAAGAGACGUUAUUUAAAAGAAAACAUAUCACUGGAAUCACUGCAAGACAACAUCCCCCUUCAAUUUUUUUGAAGAAAACUAUAGCAACAAUCACUCCAAAAUAUUUUAACAUUUCUCCUGUCAAUCUUUUUUAAUUAAUUUCUUCCUGAUUCUUCCUCACCAUUAUGACUGAAUUAAAUCAAUUAACUAAAGAUCAAUUGGUAGAACGUGCAAAACUUGCGGAAGAAGCGGAAAGGUUCGAUGAUAUGGCCGCGACUAUGAAAAUUGUAACUGAAAUGGGGGGAGAAUUGAGUAACUUUGAAAGAAAUUUGUUAUCGGUCGGCUACAAGAACGUAAUUAGUUGUCGAAGAUCGGCAUGGAGAGUGAUUUCAUCGAUUGAACAAAAAACUAAAACCGGGUCGGAUGUAAAGCAAAAAAUGGUGAAGGAGUAUCGAGAAGAAAUUGAAAAAGAAUUAAACGAUAUCUGUCGGGAUUUGAUUAAUUUAUUGGAUAAAUAUUUAAUUCCAAAUGCAACGUUGGCUGAAGCUAAAGUAUUUUAUUUAAAAAUGAAAGCGGAUUAUUUUCGGUAUUUAGCUGAAGUUGCAACAGAAGAUCGUAAAGGAAAUGUUACGGAAGAUGCGCAAAAAGUGUAUCACGAAGCUUUCGAAAUUGCAACAAGCAAAUUGACACCAACACAUCCAAUUCGAUUAGGAUUGGCAUUAAAUUUUUCGGUAUUUUUCUACGAAAUUUUAAGUUUGUCAGAUAAAGCAUGUCAAAUGGCCAAACAAGCAUUUGAAGAUGCUAUAGCCGAAUUAGAUACUUUAAAUGAAGAUUCAUAUAGGGAUAGUACUCUUAUUAUGCAACUUUUAAGAGAUAAUUUAACUUUAUGGACAAGCGAUACACAAACCUCACAAGACGAACAAGACGGCGGAGAUAAUUAAAUAAAUAAUUGUAAAAAAUUUGAAAUAUUUUUUGUAAUUUUGUUUAGACUAAAUAGAUAAGUCAAACAAAUAUAAUAAUUUU